UUUUUCCAAGUGUUUUUUAUUAUGGAAAAUUAAAAAAAAAAAAAAUAAAAAAUUCCAUCCUCCAUUCCUACGCAAUGUAACACAAGAACUUCCACUACCAGUCUACCACCACCUUCAAUGAAUACUCUAAUUUCCCAUCACCCAGAACCUCAAAUUUUCUCCAAAUUGCCAUCAUUUUCAUCGAAAAACAAAAAACCUAUUUUCAUAUUUCAUUACAAAUGCCUGUUAAAUCCGCAAAACACCAUUUACAGCUCAAUCAGAGCUUCUUGCACCACAAAUUCAGCUGCCAUUUACGGUGGCUGGGACGAUUACAAGAUCCGGGUAGACUCAGACAAGCUGGGUGAGUCCAAUUUCUUCAAAAAAUUUCUAGUUUCAUUAGGGAUUAAUGAUAAGAAAUAUGUGUUUACUUGUAUACUGGGUUUUGUGUGUGCUUUAGCCAUUUCUAGGGUCAGAGUUUCAUCGAUCAUUGUUUUUCCUGCUGCUGCUAUUGUUUUUGCAAUUGGUUUUUCUUUUGGGUUUUCUGCUAAUGGAAAACCCCAUAAAGAUCUGGGCUUAAAUGGGGCUAAAACAAGGGUUUAUGUUGAAAAUUUGAAGGGAUUAGUGGAAAUAUUUGAUGGGUUUGAUGUGAAAAUUAAUGAUUUGAAGAAUGAGAUGAAGAAUGCAAUUGAGUUUGAGAGGGUUAAUUUUGGUGACUUGGAGACUUAUGUGAAUGCAGUUGAGACAAUUGGUGGUUUAAUUUUGAAUGCCAGGAGUUUGGUUGAUGAUUGUAUUGGGGUUACAUUGGCUGAAGGGCAGGGAGUGGGAAAGAAUCCGAAUCAGAAGAAUGGCAGGAGAAAGAAAGAAACUGGCCAUAAAGGGUUUGAUUUGUUUGGAUUAAUUGGGAGUAUUUUUAAAGGCAGUGUAAAUGAUUUGAGGUCUAGCAGAACAAAUUCUGUCAAUAGGGAUAUUUUGGCCAAGGAGAUACUUGUACAAGGCCAAGGGGAUGUUGAGGGAGCAUCGGACACGGUAUCCACUGUGGAUGGCAGUAUUCCAUAUAGGGAAACUGUAAGUAAUGGUAGUAGAAAGAAGAGAGUAGAUAGUAAAGACCAAGAAACAAAGAGGAAUUUCCGAAGAGGGGAAACAAAUACAAUGGAUGCAAAUAUGGAUUCUAAAAGUUUUCUCAAUGCUGAUGAGUAUAAUUACCAAAAUGUAAGAUUUUCUAGUAAUCGACGAUUCAGUUUGAAUAUGUCAGCUCACAGGGAUUUUCGGAAAUGGGUGUCUGAGGAUACAAUGAGUAGCAAUGUAGAGUUUGAAUUCUCCAAAGAACAUCCAGAAAAUGAGGGUUCCUUGAAGAAUCAACGGAUUUUUGAAAACUCUAACAGAGCUUAUGAGUCCUCUGAAGGAAGGGGAAAUAAUAACUUUGGACAUUUUAGAAAAAGUAUGCGUGAAGAAAGGCUGAAUGAAGAAGAUGUUAACUUUGGACAUUUUAGAAAAAGUAUGCGUGAAGAAAGGCUGAAUGAAGAAGAUGUUAACUUUGGACGUUUUAGGGAAAGUAUGCGUGAAGAAAUGAUGAACGAAGAAGAUGAACUCUAUUCAAGGAAAUACAAACAUCGAGCAGAGAAUGACAUAAGUUCCUUUUCUUCAUCAGUGGUGUCAGAUGAUCUGCUGUUUGAUAAAUACCUUAGAAAAGCAAACAAUCUUUUGAAAGAAGCCAAAGAGUGUUUGAAGGCUAUAGAUGAUGAAUUUCUUGCAGAGGAAAUGCUCAACGAGUCUGCCAAGUUGCUCUGUGAAGCUAUUGCUUUGAAACCUAUGAGUUUACUGGCUAUAGGUCAGUUGGGAAAUACUUACCUUCUUCACGGCGAGCUGAAACUGAAGGUUAGCAGAGAACUGAGAACUCUUCUAUCCAAAGGCGAUAAUUUCCGUGUAGAAAGGAGUAAGUUAUUCAUUCUAGAGGAUACAUUUCCAAGCAAAGAUGGGAUAGAAAAUAGUCUCAUUAGUGAAUGUGAAGAGUGUGAAUCACUUCUUGUUGAAGCCGGAAGGAAGUAUAGGAUGGCUCUGUCAAUCGAUGGAAAUGAUGUGAGAGCGUUGUAUAACUGGGGGCUUGCCCUUUCCUUCCGUGCUCAACUGAUUGCCGAUGUUGGUCCAGAAGCUGCACUUGAUGCUGACAAGUUAUUCUUGGCUGCUAUUGAUAAAUUUAGUGCUAUGAUGUCGAGAAGCAAUGACUAUGCACCAGAAGCACUGUUCAGAUGGGGUAUGGCCUUGCAGCAGAGGUCUCGCUUGCGAACAAACAACAGUAGAGAUAAGGUGAAGUUAUUACAGCAGGCUAAGAGGCUUUAUGAAGAUGCUGCCAAUAUGGGCUCCAAUAAUCUCCAAGUAAGGAAGGCCUUAUCUUCAUGCAUAUCUGAAAUCAAUUUUACUGACAUAUGAUCUUCAUUCAGAACACAAGCCAGUAGUUGAAGUGUUGAACUAUAUGACAUCUUUUACUACACUCUCGUUUACCAUACUUCUUUCCCAUUCUUCAAAAUCAGUGUGAUUAUUUGCGGAAAUCACCAUUUUACUUUGUUAGAAUGGUAAGAUCGUAAUAAGCUAGAUAUAUGAAUUACACGCGUAUACAUAGGCAGUUAAUACACUAUAGAAGAAGAUGGUCACACUUUGAGCACUGUUACUGAUGUACAAAUCGAGUGCUGGCUGCUGCUCGUGGUGAUUAAAUAACAGGAUGUUUUAUUUGCAGAAAAACUUUUCCUCGUUUUAGAUUGUUAAUACACUUAUACUGUAUCAUAACAAAAAGGGAAACAGAAAGCAAACAUUUUGCCUGAGCUUGUGAUAUGAUUAUUUUAACGGUUUGUCACAAGAUACUUGCACUAUUUUUUUGUGUAAUAAUACCAUCACAUUAUUCAUUAUCCAAUAUAAAUCGCUCUUCUUUUCUAA